AUGAUAUUAUUUGAUCCUUUUCUUUUCAGCUCCCGUCCAUGUGUUUCUGUUUGGCUCAACAACAUCGACUAUGCUCCAAACACCAAACCCCCGACACACCUGCUGUGGAAGUUCAACCUGAUCAGAUCAUUGCUUGAACAGACCGGAGCCGGCCCCCAGGGUCUCAAAGUGGAGGCAGCAGGUGGAGAUGUGUCAGCGUCAGACAGCCUCACGCUGCACCUCUUAUCUUCAGAUCACCAGGAGCACAAACCCAAAACGGACCAUCCACAAUCGGCAACUACAGAUGAAACAUGUAAAACUCAGUGGUUGUGGACUCUCAGGGACUCACUGGGAAGAAGUGGCUCAGCUCUGAAGUCAGACCCCUCAGAUCUCAGAGAACUGGAUCUGGUGACGAAGCUGCAGGAUUCACUAGUGAAGCUGCUGUGUUCUGGACUGGAGACAAACUGUCGACUGGAGACUCUGGGGUUGUGGAACUGCAGUCUGUCAGAGAUCAGCUGUUCUUCUCUGGCUUCAGCUCUGAGGUCAAACCCCUCUCAUCUGAGAGAACUGGAUCUGAGUGACAACGACCUGCAGGACUCAGGAGUGAAGGAGCUGUGUGGUUUUCUACAGAGUCCAACCUGUCGACUGGAGACUCUGAGGUUGAGGGGCUGCAGUCUGUCAGAGAUCAGCUGUUCUUCUCUGGCUUCAGCUCUGAGGUCAAACCCCUCUCAUCUGAGAGAACUGAAUCUGAGUCUAAACAACCUGCAGGACUCAGGAGUGAAGGAGCUGUGUGGUUUUCUACAGAGUCCAACCUGUCGACUGGAGACUCUGAGGUUGUGGGGCUGCAGACUGUCAGAGAUCAGCUGUUCUUCUCUGGCUUCAGCUCUGAGGUCAGACCCCUCUCAUCUGAGAGAACUGGAUCUGAGAUACAACAACCUGCAGGACUCAGGAGUGAAGGAGCUGCUUGAUCUACAGCAGAGUCCAGACUGUCGACUGAAGACUCUGAGAUGGAGGCGGUGAUCUUAGUGAAGCUGAGUGUGAAGAGGACAGUGUGUGUGGACGGAGGCUGAGCUGUGUCCUGAGGAUCCAGAGGCUGAAGCAGCAGCAGCUUGUGUGUAGAGCGGCUCUGACUGGGCCUUGUUGCUGGGAGGCAGAGUGG